CGAAGCCCAAGCAGGAUACCAUCGAGUCGUGGACCUCCAAGCGUUCCUAGAGCGGAGAAGAAAGGGCUCCGGGGUGCCAGAGUUGAUUCUCGGCGAGAAGCUAAGACGGUGUUUGAGAGUGUUUGGCUCCUUCUGCGGGCACUUGGCCGGGAAUAUCUCUGAAAUACGAAAGAAAGUUCUCCAAAACAGAGAAAGCAGUCUGAAGCUGGGGAUGGCAACAGCACUGGUGAGUGCCCAUUCCCUGGCUCCACUGAAUCUGAAGAAGGAGGGACUUCGGGUAGUGAGGGAGGAUCACCACUCGACUUGGGAACGGGGAUUUAAGCUGCAAGGAAACAGCAAAGGCCUUGGACAGGAGCCAUUGUGCAAACAAUUCAGGCAAUUGCGCUAUGAAGAGACAGCAGGACCUCGAGAAGCAUUGAGCCGGCUUCGGGAGCUCUGCCGACAGUGGCUGCAACCUGAGACACACACCAAGGAGCAGAUCCUGGAGCUGCUGGUGCUGGAGCAGUUUCUGACCAUCUUGCCUGAGGAGCUGCAGAACCGGGUGCAGGAGCAUCACCCAGAGAGUGGGGAGGAUGUGGUUGUUGUUCUGGAGGAUUUGCAGCUGGAGCUUGGAGGAACAGAACAACAGGUGGACCCAGAUAAAGCAAAGAAGCAAAAACUGGUUGUGGAAGAAACAGCCUCUCUAAAAGCAGUACAGGAGCAGCAGGUUCAGCCUGAGUGUGAAGUUACAAAGCCUGAGAAAGAGAAGGGUAAAGAGACAAGGAUUGAGAAUGGGAAGCUUAUAGUGACAGAGUCUUGUGGAAGAGUGGAAUCAUAUGGGAAAAUAUCUGAAUCCAUGGAAGAUCAUUAUGAGGACUCUAACUUGGAAAUGCAGCAGGCCAGGCCCAAAGACAAGACUGACUAUAAGUGCUCAGAACAUGGGGAGGGAUUCACCCAGGACUCAGACCUGGUAGAACAUGGGAAUGCCCACACAGGAGAAAAACUCUGUGAAUCUGAAGUGCAUCAGGGUUCUAGUGUUACUGAACAACAGAAAAUCCUCUCUAAAGAGAAAGGUCAUCAGUGUCAAGAGUGUGGGAAAGCCUUUCAGAGGAGUUCACACCUCAUCAGACAUCAGAAAAUCCAUCUUGGUGAGAAGCCUUAUCAGUGCAAGGAGUGUGGCAAAGUGUUUAGCCAGAAUGCAGGCCUUUUGGAACAUCUCAGGAUCCACACUGGAGAGAAACCUUAUCUCUGUAUCCAUUGUGGAAAAAACUUCAGGCGCAGCUCUCACCUUAAUCGACACCAGAGAAUUCACAGUCAAGAGGAGCCCUGUGAGUGCAAGGAAUGUGGAAAGAUCUUUAGCCAGGCCCUACUACUCACCCACCAUCAGAGAAUUCACAGCCACUCCAAAAGCCAUCAAUGUAACGAGUGUGGAAAAGCUUUCAGUUUGACCUCAGACCUUAUUCGACAUCACAGGAUUCACACUGGAGAAAAACCUUUCAAGUGUAACAUAUGCCAGAAAGCCUUCCGACUAAACUCACACCUCGCUCAGCAUGUAAGAAUCCACAAUGAAGAAAAACCUUAUGAGUGUAAUGAAUGUGGAGAAGCCUUCAGGCAGAGGUCAGGUCUUUUUCAACAUCAAAGAUAUCACCACAAAGAUAAACUGGCUUGAUGAGGUAUUGUCUCCUUGUGAGACAUCAAAGAGGGCACAUUGACCAGCAAACAGCACUUAAGGAAAAGUCACUUUAGCCCACUCUGGCAUCAGAGAAUUCUCGGUUACUGAGUUGGAGGCUAUCUGCCUCCAUUCCCUCUCCUUUGUUUCCUUGAAGUCAGCUUUGGACCACAAUAAUUUCACCCUAGAUGGCACUAUGGGAUCAAAGUUAAAUAGUAUUCUUUCUGCAGGACUUCUUGGAACUUUUAAAGUAAUGAAUACAUGAUGGUGUACCUCUGAGCAGUAGAAAGCCUCAGAAUGGAGUGAGGGCUUUGAAGUCAGCAGUGAAUCAAGUGCUAGAGACUUUUAGGCUUGAGCAGAACAAGGAGAGAUUGAUAUUUUUACAUAUACUAUAGUAACAGACUUCUAUAAAAUAAAACUUGAUGUUUAGAAAUAUACUA